GCAUCAUUCAGCAAAGGGUUGGUCCCGAGAUUGCACGUGCUCCACAAGUAAACAGUGCAGUGCGACUGGGACCACGCGCGGGAAAAGUCGCCCUCAUAUUCUAAAUUCAAAUAAUAUUAUACUUUUUUAUUCAGUUUUUUUUCUGCGUUUUGUAUUUGGAAUUAAUUCGUGCAAAAUGACUAUGCUUUUAAGAAAAAUGUGGAAAACUCAUUCCAAACAUAAAAAGCUAUGUGAGGAGUGGGCUCUAGCGGAGUGUGAAGACGAAGGCUGGUGGCGAGAAACCCGUGAUGCCAGCUCCGGUGAAAUGGACGUCCGGUACGCUGGCACGGCGCCGGUGGAACGUGCAGCCUCUGCCCCCGCCACUGCGCUUGCUGUCAGAUCUGCUCUGCAUUCUGCUAAAUUAAUAAACAAGAAACUGCAGCGGGUCAACUUGAACAUAAGCGCAAGAGGCAUCGUCGUGAGUGACUACGACUCCCAGGAAAAUGUUAUCAGCGUCUCCAUUUACAGGAUCUCGUACUGCUCAGCAGACGCAGCGAACGCUCGUGUCUUCGCUGUGGUAGAAGGGAAGCCGGCGGGAGGGUCGGCUGAGAACCACGUGGUGCAUGUCUUUGUAUGCACCAGGAGGAAGCAUGCGAGAGCUCUCGCGCUGUCACUUGCACAUGCUUUUAAUGAUGCUUAUCAGGAAUGGCAGGCGAAUCUCAAUCAAGGCAGCUCGCUGGGAUCCGACAACAAACGCUUAGCUCCUUGGGUUCGAUUCCAAGAAGAAUCUGAUGAUGAGUUGGACACAGAAGACUGGCAGUCCCCCGCCCCUCUGGUGUCAUUCGCAUAGUUGACUUUCAGUUCUAGCGUUUAAGGUUUACUUUAGAAAAGCUCAGAAAAAUAGUUUUAACUUGCUUUGAUAAUAUGGAGGUGUACAACAGCAUACGGUAAAAAAAAAAUUGUUAAUCAUGGUACAUUUAUAUUCGUUAAGUUACAUUUGUGUUUUUUAGAGCUGCGAAUGACUGAUUCUCCAAUAAUUUGCUUUAAAUUAGUUUUUUUCUUCAUACUCUGAAAAAAAAUUAAUUGUUUCGACUACUGUAGAUCGAUGACGAAUGAGGCUAUGAAUCCCACUUCUUUAAAAACAUAUUAUUAAGUAUCCUACUAGAAUAAUAAUGCACUGGACUAAGUACACCUAAGUUAAAAUAUAAUUUAAAAAGUAGCACGAAUUAAAUCUACUUAUUUUCAAAUACUCUUAAUUUUAUACGGAGCGAGGCAGCGAAUAUGAAUGAAAAUAAAAAAAUCUAAAUGUUUAUUGUAUGUAAAUAUAUUAACUAAGAAAUAAUUUAGUUUAAGUACAAUACUUUUAUUAUAAUUUACGUUUUUAUAUUUAGCAUGAUUAGUACAGUAAAUAAGCAUUAAUUGACUGACGUUAUGUAUUUUUUACAAUAAAGUUAAUAUUACGAUA